AUGCUCCCCCGCGCCCCCCGCGCCCUCUCCGCCGUGCGCCCAUCCCUCCGCAUCAGCCGGAUCGCAGCACCAGCUGCCAUCCACCCUCGAGUUCCCCAACAACCCCAACCAGCUCUUCGCCAGAGCUUCCACUCCUCCCCUAUCACCCGCAAAGGCAUCCACCCCGAAUCCUCCGAACCCCCGGCCCCGAAGCCGCAGUCUCACAACGUCGCCGGUGCAGCAGUCCACAUCACAGAGCCGACGCCAUUGACGGACGCGCAGUACUACGAGUACUCGGAGCAUUAUCUCGAGUCGCUGCUGAAUGAGGUUGAGCGGACGGCGCAGGAGGAUGCGUCGGAUUUGGAGGGGGAGUAUAAUGCCGGUGUAUUGAACAUCAUUGCCCCCGGUAUUGGCACCUUCGUCUUGAACAAGCAGCCCCCGAAUAAGCAGAUCUGGCUUAGUUCCCCGAUUUCCGGGCCCAAGCGGUACGACUGGAUUGUUGAAAGCGAGGGGCAGAAUGAGAAGCAGGGAACUCGGACUACUGUCACUGGGCAGUGGGUUUAUCUGCGUGAUGGGUCGAACUUGACGGAUUUGUUGAAUUCGGAGUUGGGCUUGAAUUUGUCCAAGGAUAUCUAUAGCGAGGAGUUAUAUUAG